CGCGGUUUACAUAAGCUCCGCUCGCUCGGGGUGUUUUUGUUUGAGUCGCCGGCCACGCGGCUGUGACGGCUUUUAAAGAGAGUUCAAGAUUGGCGAAGAAUUGGUCUGAUGAAAGUGACGGGGCGUUGCAGAAACCUGCUGGUGGUUGUGUGUCUGUGCAGUCUGCUGGCUGUACACGUGCACAGCUGCCCAGAAGCCUGCAGCAAGUGUUUAGGCCUCAAAUAUGACCAGUGUGAAGAAUGCCGACCUGGAUGGACUCUGCACAAUAACAGCUGUGUUGAUAUGGAUGAGUGCGGCUCUGAGCUGGACACCUGUCUUCCCAACAGUUACUGCUUUAACACAGAAGGAUCGUUUGAGUGCAGAGGCUGUGAUGUGGCCUGCGUGGGCUGCAGAGGUGCAGGACCAGCUCACUGCAGGAAAUGUGCUCCUGGUUACAGAUUCAUGGGGUCCAAGUGUUUAGACAUAGAUGAAUGCAGUGACCGGGUGCUGGCCUGUGCCGGUCUGGAUGAGAUUUGCAUCAAUACAGACGGUUCCUUCCACUGUGACUGUGCUGAAGGCUUCAUCCGCCGGGACGGAGUCUGUGAGAGGGAAAAGCUGCCUGAUCUUCACGAGAAGGGCCUGUUUGACGACAUCACGGACGACGAAGUGGAGGUGCUGAAGCAGAUGUUUUUCGGAGUGGUGCUUUGUGCGCUGGGUACCCUCGCAGCUAAAGGAGAUAUGGUUUACACAUCUGUGUUUAUUGGAGCGGUGGCAGCUAUGGCGGGCUACUGGUUCUCUGAAAGAGGAGACCGCUUGAUGAACAGAUUCUUAAAAGAACCGUAACACCAAGACUUUAAUACAUCCAUAAAAAAACUUUAAAUUAUUCAAAUAUAAAAAAGAAAUCUAGAAGCUCCGCAGCCAAGAGGAUGUGGAAUUCUUGGUCAUAUUUGAAAGUAAAAGGCUUUAACCCUCUUUGUCCUUGAAAAUCAAAUUAACUUAAGAGCAAAAUGGGCACGUAAUCAAACUGGAGGUCAUCUACUAAGUGGACACAGAUUCUUAAACCCAAUAUCCCAUUGUCACGAUGCAGACAUCGUUUCAAUUCAAAAGAUUUUCUGGUAAAACCAUACUGAUGCUACACUGGGAUAUUUAAAAUGUUGAAAAAAUAAAACACAACUUUAAUAUUUAAAAUAAAUUAUUGUCUUUAAUAAUAAAAUACAGUACUUUAAUUUGUUUAACACAUUUUCUAGCUGUACAUGACAUUUGCUUUUUUAAGAUUGCUUUUUUAUUUAAAGACUAUUAAAGUCUGCUCAACAUGAAAUAAGGAACAAAGCAGAUAACUUGAUGAUGAAACUGAAAACUAUGGAUUUAAACUGAGGAUUAAUUAUCUAAAUCUGAAGCAGCUGUGAUCAAAUUCAAAUCUGGUUUGGCUGCAGCUGAGAAAAGGGAAUAAAAUCAAACAAAAAUUUCAAAUAUAUGGCAUUACCUGCCAUAAUGCUAGUGUGAAUGCUGUAAGCUAAAUGUGGCUGCUGAAGAUGCUAGAGCUGAUAGCUG